AGUAUCCCAGGUAGAGAUGAAGUUGGUAUUUCGAGAUUUUACUAUUUCUAUUGAAUCAUCAACUAUCGCUAUCAAGAUUAGUCGUAAGGAGGAAACAUUAUCUGAUUUCGACAACGGUCAUUUAUACGGCCUUGAGAAGUUUUGGGCCUUCUUACACUACAGCGGCAAGAAAAAUUAUGAAAUGGACGAUCGUCUUGCCGAGUUGCUAAAGAAAUAUAAAACCCUAAACGAAUUCAGGAAAAACUCGAGUCUUUUAGCUGGAUUUUUUUAA